GGCCCAGCGGCCAGCAUGCCAGUUCCUUCUUUUCGUCAAUAAUUCUUUGGUCAAUGGUCAUUGUCAUUGCCUACUCUAACCUUAUUACCUCGUGAAGAUUAUUCUUAGAAAUCCAAGGGACUGUAACGAAGAAAAUGAGAGUCAAGGUUGAUUAAAUUGAUAGGUCAAUAUUGCGGAUUGUAGCCAGUAGUAAAUUAUAGGACGCGAUGCUUUCGAACCUGACUGUAAUCUGUACAAGAGCAAAGUCUGGCUAUCUACUUCAAGUGCUCGCCCGUCCUCUCCAAGGAAAGUCUAUAAUACUAGGAAGUCUUGCCCAGGACGUUCGCUGCUGCUGUACCACACACAUACCCAGAAUAGUCUGCGCAGAACAUUGGAUUCGUGAGCUUUCGCAUUUUGAAACAUUUGCCGUGUUUACGUCUGCAGUUUUGUGUACUACUACAAUACUAGCAUAUUCAUUGAUAAAAAAUAGUUCUAUCUCAACGAUGGAUGAUAAUUGGGAAGAACAGAUCAAAGCGUUUUCUGCUGCGAAGCUGCGCAAGACUAAGACGAAGAUCACCACACCGGGUGGACGAAAAUUGGUAGAGACAAGAAAUGACUAUGGCAGGGUAAUCACUGACCGAGCGGGCGACGAUGGUGUCGGUUUUAUCGGCGACGUGAAGGAAGAUGUGCAGGUUGGAGAAAUCUUGCCGGGACUCCUACUCG